AUGUCUUUUAAAAAAAUUGUAAACUUUUUUAAAUGUGGACAAAAAAAAAUAAAUACAUUCGAUGAAAGUAUUUAUAGAUGGAAUUAUUCAAUUUCGUCAGCAAUUCAUAAAGAAGUUUUUAAAAAUUCCUUAUCAACCACUGAAGAAAAUGAGCAAUUCAAAAUAGAAAUCGAACAUGAAAUUUUAAAACAAAACAAAAAUAAUUACAAA